AUGCACAUAGAGGAAGAAAACCAGUCAGAUAGGGAAAUAACAAACCAAAUACCAGUAACAGCUUUCUCUAAAACAUCUAAAAAAGAAAAUACAAAUAAAACAAAGCUUAAGGACAAGAAGUUCAAAGAAGAUCAAGAAAUUUCUCUAGAAGAUAUACUUGAUGAUA